AGUUAGCAGAAUUACUUUACUUGGAUAAUUAGAGUCCUUCACUUUCAACACAUUAGUAUUAAUUUGCGUUUCUUCUAUACAGCUUCCUACGUAGGGUUUGAUUAUGUCAUGUAGAGUGAAGAGAAUGAAUUGACGUGAUUAAGUUACUAAGACCCAAUUUUUCUUUCUCUAGGAGCCUUAUGGGAUGUGAUUUCAAUGGUGAAAACACUGUCAAAUUUAUAAAAUGUAUUUGUAAAAACAAAUACUUUCACUUACCGGUUGAUUAUUUAGGGUACUUUCAGUGACAUCAUUUGCAGUAGAAUCUCCUCGUGUGUGUGUGUUUGUAAUUUCAGUGACAUACUUUCACUUCUUGUGUGUGUGUGUUUGUACUUUUUCUUGUUUUUAAUAGAAUCUCCUCUUAGGUUUAUUUUUAUAUCAAGUGUUUUGUCUCUUAAUAACUUAAAAUAUUUGAUAAAGCUAGUUUGUUCUCUAUUUUCAGGUUUUGGAUCUACAUUACAUCAAAGGUUAUCAAUGGAAAACAAUCUAGGAAGCACGAGUAAGACAUCAGCCACUACUAAGGAGUUUCCCAAGCUCAUUUUCGGAAAUGGUAAAGAGCUUGAAGUUGAGAAAAUUAACAACAGCUGCAGAUUAUCGAUACUUAGGAAAAUCAAAGAUGCUUUGCCACUAGAGUAUAAGAAAGUGAAGUCUGAUCCUCUGUUUGCACAAGUCUUCGCCAUAUACGAAAAUGGUUUACAUUAUUCGGGUCGUCUGGUGCAUAGCCUAAUGUGUAGGCAGUUGGUAACAAGAAAACAGCAUGAGCUCUGGUUUGUGUUUGGAAACAAGCCUCUCCGAUUUUCUUUGCAAGAGUUCUACGCAGUGACUGGGCUGAAAUACAAUGAUGAUUUCAAGUAUGAUUUAGAUACUUGGAAAGAUGAUAAGGGGUUUUGGAGCAAGUUGCUGAAAAGAGAGGAGAAGAUAUGCAUUAAGACGAUGAUGUCUACGCAUCUAGGAGCAGUUCACAAGUGGGGUAAAGUAGAUAGGAUUAGAUUUGUCUAUUUGUGUGUGAUUGCUGGUUUGGUAAUUGCGAAAGAUGAGAAGAAAGCUAUUCCAGUACAUUACAUCAAAUUGGUGAUGGAUCUUGAGAAGUUAAGGGCGUAUCCUUGGGGUUUACAUUCGUUUGACUAUCUUGUCGAGUCGAUCACAAACGCAAAAAAGGACUUGAAGAAGACUAAAAGCUACGCCCUUGAUGGUUUCUCAAUUGCACUACAGAUAUGGGCUAUGGAAGCAGUUCCUAAAAUAGGAGGAAUAUUAGGAGUGAAUCUUAACAAGAACUUGGGAGCUUCUCUUAGAUGUUCUAACUGGAAAGGGGCAGCAAAAGUUUCUUAUCAAGAAAUUAUCGAAUUAGAGUCAGGAAUGACAGCAGAGGAUAUUGUAUAUCCAUACAUUUCCAUCACAGGAAAUUAUGAUGUAUAUGAGUCAGUGGAUUUCCUGAGGCAAGGUGAGAACAGUGAUGUUGCUUUGAAGAACUUAAACGCUUUGAUAAGAACUGGUUAUGAUUUUUCUGACUUUGAGUGGGAUGCUGUUGAGAGUCCUGAUGUCGAGGAAGAAACGAUAGAUGAGGAUUUAGUAGAAGAUGGCUAUGUGGAAGGUCAAGGUGAGAUACAUACAAAUGACAAGGAAGAGGCGAAUGUCACUGUUGAAGGUAGCCUACUCUCUGGUUUGCAGAGUAAUGAGCAUGAAAUGGCGACAAGUUCAAAGAAGAGAAGGAGUAAGGACGGUGACCACGGUGCACAGACAAGGAAGAUGAAACUGUUAUGUCAAAGAGCUCCAGCCGCACCACAUGGUUUUGAUGAAGAGAUGAAAACAUUCAUCAGAGAAAUGUUUGAAACUUCUUUCAAGCAUUUUGGGCAAGAAGUAGGCAACAAAUUAGGAAAGAUAGAGCUAGAUGUAGCAACACUCAAGAAAGCAGUGAUCACUAUGGAUGAGAAUUCGAAAAAAGACAAGGCACCACCAUUCGGUAAUGGUCAACCAGUGGACGAUAAUUGUCUGUUUCAUGAAUUAUUCACCCGUCCGGGUGAAAUAGACCUUAAUAUGGAUUCGCAAGAUCCAGAUUUUCUGCAAAAAGAAAUGGGACAUCUUUCUCAAAAAUCACAAGCACCGGGUUUUGAUCCAUCACAGGGUAUAUUUUCACAAAACCUCGAGAAACAACAGCGCAAAGACGACACUGCAGAGUUUAUGGAUUGGAAUGAUAAGGGUGAUUCGGGUAAAUAUGACGCUGACGCGGUGUUGGUAUACUUACCUGAAGCUAGAUGGACUGCUUUUGAAGCAUGGUUUAGGAACGUAAAUCGUGAUGUUCCAAAACUCGGUCCAUCUCAUCUAACUGAUGCACUAUUUCAGCGUCUGAUUGAUCAAAAACAAUGGCUAGGCAACGAUGUAAGUUUUACUAUUUUUUUUUUCAUGACUGAUUACGUAUUCAUUUCGAUAAAUACUAAUUUGUUUUUAAAAAUAAUUGCAUCGCAGGAAAUAGAUGCAGUACUGUACUUACAUCGGGAAUCCACAUCUGUACUCCCAUGA